AUGCCAAUCUGCAUUGAAUGCUCGUAUCCGGUCUCGCACCUGUACAGCGCCUACAGUCGUGCGGAUGACCGCUCUCAGGGCAAGGGUGUCCGACUGACCCAGUGUCCGCGCUGCCAGCGGUUCGCCGAUAAAUAUGUCGAAUACGAUUUUGUGGUCAUUUUUAUCGACCUCGUGCUCAUCAAGCCCCAGGUGUAUCGCCAUCUUCUCUUUAAUCGGCUCGGACGAGACGACAACCUCUUCGAUCGAUCGAUCAUUCGGCUUGGAGUUCUGUUGUUGCUGUUUGACGUCUACUUGACCUGGGCUCGUCUCGAGAGAGAUCCCUCCCUCGCCACCACUUUUAUUGCCCGCACUCCCAUCGUCGUUCAAUACCUCUUUUUCCUGACACUCAAUGCGAUCGCAACCCUUGCGCAUCACUUUACUGUCCGCGUUCUGGCCUCCUUACUAGUCCCGCAGUCCCAUCGCUACAGCGCCCCCGUCCCCGAUGCCACUUGCCCGCCGCCCAGUGGUGCAGCCAGUCUCGGCGACUCGACGACGACGACGACCACCCCCUUCCCGUCGGCGAGCAACGGGGGACAGCAAUUGAGCUCACUCGGGUUACCCGCCGCGAAGUUGACACCAAAUCUACACACCAGUGUCUCGACCGAGACCACAUCACCUCAAGACGCCUUCUCCGCGAUGACCCAGGCGCAAGUCUCAUUACCACAGCGCUCAUCGCACGCCCCUCCGUUGCAGCGCGUAUCCACGGCGCCUAUUCAAAACAUUCGACCCCUUCCACCCCCUACAGCCGCAAGCCCAACUGCUAUUAGUACUGCGCUGCUAGUGAGCAGUUGCGCGAAGCUGUUCCCUAUUCUCCUGGUGAUAUGGGGUGCAGACGGUAUUCACACUGGUCUUGCUAAUCCCUCGGCUCCGCAGAGCGCCGUUCGUAAGGGGAUUGGCGCCUCCAAGGCGGCGCUUUCAUCAGCCCGCGAUACCUCUGCGUCACCCUCCCUGUUGGAAUCUUAUCUGGCUUCCGCUGAGGUCUUGCUGCGGCCAUAUUUGCCCACGCAGUACCUCACGGGGCUGUUUAACCUGCUCGCUUCGUUGCUGUCCUUGGGCGUGGUAGAUGCGCAUCUCGUGCUUUUAAGUAAUAUCGAGGCAUUGUACAUCCUGCUCGGGUGUGGUUACUUGCGAUCCGUGGUCGUUGCAGUCGCAGGGCAAGUGGCAAGGUGGGCGGUUCAAAGAGUGAUACUUGGAGCGGUUGGGGUUGGAUGA